UUCUGACAUGUGAUUUUCUCUUUUUUUGCUGAUGUGUGCACGCUUCACGUGGACAUCAUACUACCGUUUACCAAUGAAUUAGCUGUCUCUUGCAGUUAGUAGAAAAGGUAUUUUAUUAUUUCUUUAUUUAUCCUUCCUUGCCUACUGACCCUACAAUUCUGCUUUCUGGUUCCCAUUCAUGAUCAGUUCCACACGCAUCGGUGUUAGUUAAAAUAAAAUGGCUCCACACUCUUACCAUGUCACCAAAAAAUUAAAAUAUCACUGUCUUUCCAGAAAAACAAAUUAAGAGCAACUUCCAACCAAUGCUAAAAUAUAUCUACUAAUGACUGAAUCAUAAAUAAAAUCAAAACAUGUAAAGUAAAAGAAAAAUGUCAUCCUUAGAGGUGACAUGAUUUGGUUAUUUUUUCUGCUACAAGAUAUUCUCAAAGUGGUUGGAGAAACUUUGACAGUCAUGAACGUAACUUUGGGGCAAAACUGUUUGUUCAUUGUAUCUGUGAAUAUGAAGUCACAGAGAGCAAUGCUAUAGGAAUUUUGUAAUUGUAGAAUUUAUUUUCACUCUUUCACAAAUACAAAACAGCAGUUGCACCUCUUCAGUUUCUUAAGAACAAGUACACAAAUUGUCUACUUUGAGUUACACAUCUAAACACCAUAUUGGCUAUGUGAAAUGAAUAUUUAUGGUUAAUGUCAUGUUUUAGUUCAUGAAUCAAUACAUUUCAUUCAAAUGUAUUGCUGUAUAUGGAGGAAGAAGAAGAACGAGUACAACCUCAAGAACACCAUCCCUACCAUGAAGCAUGGUGGGGAAAACUUCUUUUUUUGGGGAUGCUUUUCCGCAAAGGAGACGGGACAACUCCACCAUAAUGAGGGGAGCAUGAAUGGGGCCAUUUAUCAGCAUUGAAGAUGGGUCAUGGCUGGGUCUUUCAGUAUGACAACGACCUGAAGCACACAGUCAGGGUUACUAAGUAAUGGCUCCGUAAGAAGCAUCUCAAUGUCCUGGAGUGACCCAGCCAGUCUCCAGACCUGAACCCAAUUGAAAAUCUUUGUAGGUAGCUGAAAGUCCGUAUUUCAAAGAUAGCUCCGAUACCUGAAGGAUCUGGAGAAGAUCUGUAUGGAGGAGUUUUCCAAAAUCCCUGCUACAGCAUAUACAAACCUCGUCAUGAGCUACAGGAAACAUCUGAAAUCUGUACUUGCGAAAAAAGGUUUCUGUAUCAAAUACUUAUGUCAUGCUAAUUAAAUACUGAAAAAAUCACACAAUUUGAUUUUCUGGAUUUUUGUUUUAGAUUCUGCCACUCACAGUUGAAGUAUCUGUGAUAACAAUUAAAGACUUCUACAUGCUUUGCAAUUCAUCAAAUACUUGUUCUCCCCACUGUAAGAGCAAAAUGUAUUGAUAUUAAUAAUUGCUGGAAUUGAAAACAUUGUCUUACUGGGCAAAUACUCUAUUAAAAUGUCAACAAGCAGGAAAAUAUGUAUUUGGAUUUCACCUACAAUGGGGUUCAGUUUAUAUGAACAAAGAGAACAGAAAAGACAAUAUAUGGAUGUAAGUAGACUGACUGGGCCUCCUAUAAACAGUGUACUAAUUGAUGCAUAAUGUCAUGAUCUAUGGUUUUAAUGAAGGAAUAUAAACUAGUUGAUGCUGGGACUGUGAAUUCAGUUCAGAAUGUUUAGGUGGUGAACAGAUUUUGUUUGUUUUGGCUUCUUUGUCACUAAUUUUAUCAUUAAGCCAAUUUUAAUGUCAGACAAAGUUAACACAAAGCAGUUUUUAAAUGAAUAUUUCUUUUAUCAAUCCAUCCAUCCAUCCAUCCAUAUUCGUAUUUGCACGGUUUAACUGGUUGUGCCACCUUUGGUGUUUGCAAUAACUCGCAAUUAAUCAUUAAUGUUUCUGUGGAGAAAAUAUUGGAACACUUUUGUUUGCAAACUUUUUUUUUCGUUUACGUGUGACCAAAAAGCAAAAUAAAAGAAAUCUGUAAGCGGGUAAUAUCUCUUCACAACACUGUAAAUGGUGAAACAACACAACAUAGAUUGUUGACAGAAAUGUGUUUAAGGUGUCCCUUUUACUCAAUAAGAUGAAACAACAUGUCAGGUUUUACAGUGCACGCUGCAUCACUCCUCUUCAGGGUGAGGGUGUACAGUCCUUCCCGUCCUCGGUGUAUCCCUACAGGCCUCUGGAGGAGCGCACCCCCCUCUCCGCCUGCUCCUCAUCAACCGUGACGUCAGGGCGGUGAGGCACGGGGGAGUUGUCCCCGCGCCGGAGCCCGGUGGAUGCUGCUGAAACAAGAUGGCUGUGCGCGCAGGAGGAACGGCGGCGGAGAGCUGAGGCAAUGCAGAGGAUGAAGCCAAGGGGAGGGGAGGGCGAGGAAUCCACUCCCGUCUGUCCUGUCCUGUCUUUAAAAGAGCAACAGUCCCGCAGAAGGAAAGACGAGCCUCUCUGAGAUGCUGCCAGUUUAUUACUGCUGUUGCCGUUCAGGGUGACGGUUUCUGUCGGUUUGAGUUUUUCCUGUGGCCAAGACUCUAAAAAAGGUCCGAUUAAAACAAACCUCGGAGCACUAAGUAGAGGACAGCCGGGGACGCUCACGCCGCUUUCAGAGAUGUCCCUGCUGUGUGUGGGAGUGAAGAAAGCCAAGCUGGAUGGACCCCAAGAAAAGUUUAACACUUAUGUGACUCUUAAGGUGCAAAAUGUGAAGAGCACAACGAUUGCUGUCAGGGGCAACCUGCCCUGCUGGGAGCAGGACUUCAUGUUUGAAAUCAACCGCCUGGACCUGGGCCUGACAGUGGAAAUGUGGAACAAAGGGUUAAUCUGGGACACCAUGGUCGGCACCGUGUGGAUUCCCCUAAGUAGCAUCCGACAAUCAAAUGAGGAAGGUCCAGGGGAGUGGCUGACACUGGACUCUCAAGUCAUCAUGGCUGACAGUGAGAUCUGUGGAACUAAAGAUCCCACUCUACACCUGGUGCUGCUCGACACACGCUUUGAAUUGCCACUAGAUAUCCCUGAGGAUGAGGCGCGCUACUGGGCCAAAAAACUGGAGCAGCUCAAUGCCAUGAGGGACCAAGAUUACUCAUACCAGGAGGAGCAGGAACGCCCUCUCCGGGUACCAGGAACCCAGUGCUGUAACUGGAGUCUUUGGGGAGAUCAGCAAAAUGAGGACCCAGACAGUGCUGUUGAUGACAGGGACAGCGACUAUCGCAGCGAAACCAGUAACAGCAUUCCACCUCCCUACUAUAGCACAUCCCAGCCCAAUGCCUCUGUCCACCAGUACCCCAUCAGCCACCAGCAUCGCAGCUCCAGAUGCUUCCCAUAUCUAUGCUCUGGGAACAACCAAGAUCUCGACUACCACCAUCAAAGGACUAUCAGUCCCACUGGUAGCUAUGCAUCUUCUGCAGAGCUCAGUCGGUGCAGCAGUCAGCUGAGUGAGGAGGACUACGGAGGAGAGUAUGGAGAAAGGGACCCAUACGACGAGAAUGACUCAUACCACUCCUGCCACUCCUCUGUCAGCUACAGUAAAGGCUCUCCAGACUGGGACCCUGAUGAGACCCAGGGGGCGUACAGUGAUGAGGGCGGCUACAGCAAAGACGGAGGAGAAGAGGUUGCGCUGUAUGAGGGAGAUGAUGGAGAACUGUAUGAGGGGGAGGAGAAAGGCCUGUAUGAGGAUGAGGAGAUGAUGUAUGAUGAUGAGGACUCGUAUAAUCUGGAUGGAACCCUCAGUGAGGAACGUGAGCCACCAUUUACUCCCACUCCAACGUCAACUGCACCACCGAUGCUUGACGUACAAAGCUCCAGGCCUCCACUGGAGAAACAGGCCUCCAUACACCAACAACCUCCAGUUAAAACCCCAAACCAAACAAACAAUCAUGCCCAACCUCCUGCAAUACAGCCCCCUACAGGUCAACCAGCAGCUCAGCCUUCCAAACAACCACAGCCCCAAACACAACCUCAAGCAGCCCCAUCUACCACCUCCUUCUUCUCAAUGGCCAAACCUCUGACAGCUGCAGUCACAGGCCUGGCUUCUUCAUUCCUGUCAUCAGUCCCCACUGCCCAACCUGCCCAGUCUCACCCACCAGCCUCAACAGUUCCUCAGCAGCACCAGUCCACUGCAGCAAACUGUGUCCCUCCUUCACACCCGGCAACCUUGGGUAAUUCAGCGUCCCCCCCCACUGCCACAGGCCCCCCAUCCCAGCAACCCCCAUCCUCCGGAUCGCCACAAUUGCAUGCCAAUGAUCCCUCUACCACACAGCCAGCCGGUCUUGAGGACAAGAUACCCCAGAUUGAAGAAGAGUGGUUAGAAAAUGAGAUUAUGGAUGAGAAAGAGGUCAGUACACCCCCUGCUCAAGAUGAGGAGAAGCUUCCUGCAGAGCAGAAAGAGGAGCACUAUGAAGACAGCAGACCAGUGACACCCGAGGAACAAAAUGAGGUCCUCCCUGAGAGUCCUCCAGCACCAGAGGAGCCAAAAGAGCCAGUGGAUCCAGCCGUCAGAGCUAAAGAGAACUGGUUAAGGCUCUACAACAAGGUCUUAGAGCAGCUGCGAGAGGCUCGAGGAGAGACCUCCAGUUCAUUGUGGUUUGGUAAAGGAGGAAUGGGAGGUGCACUCUACAGUAUUGAUAGCAUGCCUGACCUUCGCAAGAGAAAAGCAAUUCCUCUUGUCAGAGAUUUGGCUAUGUCUUUGGUGCAGAACUCACGCAAAGCUGGAAUCACCUCAGCCAUGGCUUCAACCACUCUCGGCAAUGAGGAGCUGAAAAGCCACGUGUAUAAAAAGACCCUGCAAGCUUUAAUUUACCCCAUCUCUUCCACCACUCCACAUAACUUUGAAGUGUGGACCGCCACCACCCCCACAUACUGCUACGAAUGUGAAGGACUGCUGUGGGGUAUCGCGCGGCAGGGCAUGCGCUGCUCUGAGUGUGGCGUUAAAUGCCACGACAAGUGCCAGGAUCUACUUAACGCCGACUGUCUGCAGAGAGCCGCAGAAAAGAGCUCCAAGCACGGUGCCGAGGACCGGACGCAGAACAUCAUCAUGGUACUGAAGGACCGCAUGAAGAUCAGAGAGAGGAAUAAGCCAGAGAUCUUUGAGCUAAUCCAAGAAGUGUUUGGAUUGGACAAGGCGACGCACAGCACGCACAUGAAACAGAUCAAACAGAGCGUGCUCGACGGGACCUCCAAGUGGUCGGCAAAGAUUAGCAUCACAGUGGCUUGUGCCCAGGGUCUUCAGGCCAAAGACAAAACGGGCUCCAGUGACCCUUAUGUAACUGUCCAAGUUGGAAAAACAAAGAAAAGGACCAAAACCAUUUAUGGCAACCUGAACCCAGUCUGGGAGGAGAGCUUUCACUUUGAGUGCCACAACUCUUCUGACCGCAUCAAGGUCCGGGUCUGGGACGAGGAUGACGACAUCAAGUCCCGUGUGAAACAGAGGUUCAAACGUGAGAGCGAUGACUUCCUGGGUCAGACCAUCAUCGAAGUGCGCACCCUGAGUGGGGAGAUGGAUGUUUGGUACAACCUGGACAAGAGAACAGAUAAAUCUGCCGUGUCAGGGGCCAUCCGGAUGCACAUAAGCGUGGAGAUCAAAGGAGAAGAGACUGUAGCCCCUUACCAUGUCCAGUACACCUGUCUGCAUGAGCACCUUUUCCAGUACACCACUGAGGAUCAAAACGGAGGUGUAGUAAAGAUCCCGGAUGCCAAAGGUGACGAUGCUUGGAAGGUGUACUUUGAUGAGACUGCACAGGAGAUUGUGGAUGAGUUUGCCAUGAGAUAUGGAGUAGAGUACAUCUACCAGGCCAUGACCCACUUUGCCUGCUUGUCAUCUAAGUACAUGUGCCCAGGAGUGCCAGCUGUGAUGAGCACCCUGCUUGCCAACAUCAAUGCAUACUACGCCCACACCACUGAGUCCUCCAACAAUGUUUCUGCCUCGGACAGAUUUGCUGCAUCAAAUUUUGGCAAAGAGAGGUUUGUCAAACUGCUGGAUCAGCUGCACAACUCCCUGAGGAUCGACCUGUCCAUGUAUCGGAAUAAUUUCCCUGCCAGCAGCCCUGAAAGACUCCAAGACCUCAAGUCUACCGUGGACCUGCUGACGAGCAUCACAUUUUUCAGGAUGAAGGUCCAGGAGUUGCAGAGUCCCCCCAGGGCAAGUCAGGUGGUGAAGGACUGCGUAAAAGCCUGUCUCAACUCCACCUAUGAGUACAUCUUCAACAACUGCCAUGAUCUGUACAACAGGGAAUAUCAGACGGACCCAUCGAAAGCCAUCCCUCCAGAUGAGCAGGGUCCCAGCAUCAAAAACCUGGACUUCUGGUCGAAGCUCAUCACACUGAUUGUUUCCAUAAUAGAGGAAGAUAAAAACUCAUACACCCCUUGCCUCAAUCAGUUUCCCCAAGAACUCAAUGUGGGUAAAAUCAGUGCUGAAGUCAUGUGGAACAUGUUUGCACAAGAUAUGAAAUACGCCAUGGAAGAGCAUGAGAAGAACCGCCUGUGUAAAAGUGCAGACUACAUGAAUUUGCACUUUAAAGUGAAGUGGCUUUAUAACGAGUACUGCAAGGAGCUGCCCACUUUCCAGAAGCACGUACCCGAAUAUCCAGCAUGGUUCGAGCCUUUUGUCAUCAUGUGGUUGGACGAAAACGAGGAAGUUUCCAGAGAUUUUCUCCAUGGAGCGCUGGAGCGGGACAAGAAAGAUGGAUUCCAGGUCACGUCGGAGCACGCUUUGUUCUCCUGUUCGGUGGUGGACGUGUUCUCUCAGCUCAAUCAGAGUUUUGAAAUCAUUCGCAAGCUGGAGUGUCCCGACCCUCAGAUUGUUGGCAACUACAUGAAGAGAUUCGCCAAGACUAUCGGCAAUGUCCUGCUUUCCUAUGCUGACAUCAUAGCAAAGGACUUUCCGAAUCAUGUCAAGAAAGAGAAAGUACCAUGUAUCAUAAUCAAUAACAUCCAGCAGCUCCGGGUUCAGCUGGAGAAGAUGUUUGAGGCCAUGGGAGGAAAAGAUCUCAACGUGGACGCGAGUGACUUCCUGAAGGAGCUCCAAAACAAACUUAACAGCGUCAUGGAUGACCUCAGCCGCAUCUUCGCUGUCAGCUUCCAGCCCCAGAUUGAGGAUAACGUGAGGCAAAUGGGGGACAUCCUAGCCCAAGUGAAAGGUCAGACAGUCCCAGCAAAUGGCAGUGUGGUUCAGGAGGCUGACAACGUCCUGCAACCAAUCAUGGAUUUCUUGGACAGCAACUUGUCGCUGUUUGCAAAGAUCUGUGAGAAGACAGUCCUGAAGAGAGUGCUGAAGGAGCUGUGGAAACUUGUGAUGAACACGAUGGAAAAAACGAUUGUGCUUCCAACACUUACAGACCAAACGGGAACUCAGAUGAUCUUCAAUGCUGCUAAGGAGUUGGGCCAGCUCUCCAAGCUUAAGGAGCACAUGGGCCGAGAAGAGGCCAAAGCCCUGACUCCCAAACAGUGUGCAGUUAUAGAGCUGGCACUAGAUACUAUUAAGCAAUAUUUCCAUGCGGGCGGUGUUGGCCUGAAGAAGACGUUCUUAGAGAAGAGUCCCGAUUUGCAGUCUCUGCGCUACGCCCUGUCCUUGUACACGCAGGCCACUGACAAGCUGAUCAGGAAGUUCAUUCUCUCCCAGCAUGCUCAAGUCCAUGGAGGGAAAGGCAUCAGGUAUACUGCAAAUGAAGACACCCCACCAGAAAAAGCAUCUGGAGUGGACACGGUUGGAGAGGUGGUCAUGAACGUGGACAUUUUACCCCAGCCGAACGGAGAGCACAAGAUCAGUGUCAAAGUGGUGGCUGCUAAUGAUCUGAAAUGGAAAGCACAGGGUUUCAGGCCUUUUGUGGAAGUCUACAUUAUUGGGCCCCACCUCAGUGACAAGAAGAGGAAAUUUGCCACCAAGUCCAAGAACAACAGCUGGUCACCAAAGUUCAACGAGAGCUACCAGUACUCGCUUGGCACUGAAGUGGGUCCGGAGAGCUACGAGCUGCAGGUCUGUGUGAAGGAUUACUGCUUCGCCAGGGAGGACCGCACCGUCGGAAUGGCCGUGCUGCAGGUGAAGGACAUAGCAAACAAGGGAAGCGUCACCUGCUGGCUGCCCCUGGGACAGCGGGUCCACAUGGACGAGACGGGCCUGACGGUGCUGCGCAUCCUCUCUCAGCGCAACAAUGACGACGUGGCCAAAGAAUUUGUCAAGCUGAAGUCUGACCAGCGUUCAGCAGAAGAGGGCCGCAGCUGAGGGGGAGGAGGGCGAACAAAAAAAUAUGUGUGCACAAAAACACCAGAAACAUACCUGACAAGGCAUCGUGUUACGCACACAUAACACCCGCGCCUACAUAGAAAACCACGUGCAAUAUACAAGCACACAUGUGAAACUGCUCUAUUGUACAUAUAUUUGCAUACAUUAUGCAACAUCUACAUUGUAAUGUUAUCAAUGCAAACACGGGGGAGUGAGUUUAUAUAAAAAAUAAGAGUUUUAUUUAAUUUUGAAUAUUUCUGCAUCUGCACUACUCAAAGCUCUGAGUUUAUCGUUCCUUAAUCUCCCAACACUCUUUCAGCUACAUCACACCUUUUAUAUGCUGUACAAUUAGUUGUGAUGAAAAGCACCGCAAACCAACAACAAAACUAUGUGAAUAGUUUGACCACUUUGCACUUUUGCUUCUCUGCAUCUUCAGGAGAGCAGCCCUCGCCAUUAACUCUGUCUCUCUGCCCGUCUGUUUGCUUGUGUGUCCGACCACGUCGUUCGCCAUCCCGUGUCAUUUGCUCUCCACAGUCUUCCUAAAGUGUUAUGUAGUAUGUAAGUCAGUUGUGCCCAAAAAUCCAAAAAGAGAACAUAAAUCAGUGUGGAGGGGCGACAUGUUUCUAGUCUUUGCUGUAAUGUAUUUACAUCCUGCAUGUUGACCCCAGAAACACUGUGGUUCACCUCUCUGUAACUGCGCCGUCCCUAUUCUCCAAUAUGAUAUCUGUUUUGAGCAUGGUUUCAUUUAAUCCUGUAACAGCAAGGUUCUGACUAAUGCUCUUUAUUGCAGAGAGGGCACACUGACAGAGGAUUAUUUCGGAGCCACAGUUGAGCCACAGUAAGGUGAAGCAGAGGUUGGGGCCAGUUUGCGCAUCAAAACGGAGCAAUACCCAAUGCCCUCGUACCCCAGAGUGCACAUUAACCCCCUCCUAGAAAAAAAAGGGCUAUAAGAUCUGUGGACUGGGUUGUCACUUUCACUAAAACAUACUGUCAGUGCUUCUUUUGGCAAACUGAACAGAGGAUUUCUCUCAGCAGCAGUGCCUUACAAAAGUAAUUAUACUCCUUGAACUUUUUUAUAUUUUUUAACUACAACUAAAAUGUUUGAUAAACUAAUGUUAUAGACCCACACAAUGUAGUGAAGGAUUGUAAAGUGGAAGGAAAUGGAUACAAGUUUUUAAAGGUUUUUACAAAUGCGAAUCUAGAAAGUGUUGCCUGCAUAUGUAUUCUGCAUGAGUGAAUGUUUCUAGAACCACCUUUUGCUGCAAAUAUAGCAGCACGUCUUUUUUAGAGUACGUCUACCAGCUUCGCAUGUCUAGAGUAGGGCUGCACGUAUUAGGAAAACAUGCAAUGAUGAAUAUCGCUAUAGCGAUACGACUUGCUGUAAACAAACAUAUAAUUAAAAAGUGUUCAUGUGUUUUUGCUUCAGGUUCAUAGCAACAAUAGACCAGAGAUUAUCUGUAGUCUAUCCAGCAACUGGAAAAUAAAUGCAAUUCACUUUUCCGGUUAGAACCACAAGGUUUUAUUGAAAAAGUUGCUUCUGGCCAACAUCUGAUUUUUUGGGAAGUAAGUUAGCUGUAGUUCCUUAAAGACCUUACCCUCUUCACUCACUAAAACCUUUCAUGCCAAGUUAAACAAGUAUCAAUUCCAGUUGUAGAGAGCCUAAAUGCAUGGCACUUAAAUAAUUAGCUGAUAUUUAUUGCUGUCCUUGCAGUUCUUUGCAAUACAUGUAUUGCGUAUCGUGAUACAAUGAUAAAUUUGCAAUAGACUGUGCAGCCCUAAUCCAGAGACUGAAAUAUUUGUCCAUUCUUCUUUGUGAAAAGCUCAAACUCAGUCAGACUGAAUGGAGAGCGACUUCGAACAUCCAUUUUCAAGUCUUGCCACAGAUUCUGAACUGGAUUUAGGCCUAGGCUUUGACUGGGCCAUCCUAACACAUAAAUAUGCUUCGAUUUAGCUCUGGCUGUAUGUUAAGCAUCGUUGCCCUGCUGGAAGGUGAACCUCUAUGCCUUUUGCAGUCUCUACCAAGUUUCCCUCCAGGAUUGCCCCUUAUUUAAAUUAAUCUCUUUUGGUCAACUCUGACCAGUUUCCCUGUCUAUGCUAAGGAAUAACAUCCCCACAGCAGCACACUGCCACUAGAAUAUUUCACAGGGGAUGAUGUGUUUGGCUUAAACAGCGCUGGAUUCUACCUACAAAUUAGGUGACUUCUGCAAACAAUUGGCUGCACUGGGUUUAACGUUAGGAUACCAGAGUAAAGGGGGCUGUAUACAUAUGCACAACACACUUAUAGGUUCUUGUUUGUAAAGAAUUUUAUAAACCAAGUAUAAUUUUCGUCCCACUUCACAAUUUUGCACACCAUUGUGUUGGUCUAUCAGAUAAAAGUGUUUGAGAAUGUAAAGUGACAAAAUGCAAACAAUUUAAAGAGGUAUAAGCAAUUUUGCAAGGCACGGUACCUGCUGUAGAAACACAGCUUCACCGCAGACAUUCUGUACAUCAGAUGAUUUUUCAUAAGCGGACCCUUAAUGUCACAUAUAAAACUCCAUCCAGUAAGGCAAUAGUAGUUUAUGUAUCCAUAGAGCCACGAGAGCUAACUCUGCUGUGUC